AUAUUUUUUAAGGUGAGCAAACUACGCUCUAUUUUAGUACCUACUUAACGAUCAACCGUCCAGCAUUGAGUCGUCUAGUUUUUAUUUUAGGUAAUUUUUAUACAAUUUUGAACAGCGUUUUUUACUUUUCGAAUACAUUUUUGGAUACCCAUUUAAGGUAUGCCGGAAACAACAGAAAUAGUGAUUUCUGGUAUUGCUGGAAGAUUUCCAGAAUGUGAUUCUACCGAAGAAUUUAAGCAAAAGCUGUACAAUAACGAAGAUCUUUUGACUCUCGAUAAUAGAAGAUGGUCACCAGGGAUAUAUGGAGUUCCAUCAAGGACAGGAAAAUUAAAGGAUAUUUCCAAAUUUGAUGCAGAAUUCUUCGGUAUCCAUUCAAAAUUGGCUAAUUGUAUGGAUCUUCAGCUUAGAAUAUUACUUGAGGUUACACAUGAAGCCAUAGUUGAUGCAGGUGUAAAUCCACAGGAUAUUCGUGGCACAAAAACUGGAGUGUAUGUUGGUCUGAUGACGAACGAAACUUCGGAUUUUUUUGAACGUACACCAGAAAAACUAACUGGUUACGAAACUAUUGGUGCAAUUAGAUCCAUGUUAGCUAACAGGAUUUCUUUCCAAUACAAUUUCAAAGGUCCAAGUGUGGCCAUUGAUACUGCGUGUUCGAGUGCGUUAUUUUGUUUGCAUGACGCCAUCUUAGCGAUACAAGCAGGCCAAUGCGAUGCUGCUAUUGUAGCAGGCACUAAUUUACUCUUAAAACCCGCCAUUUCGGUUAUGUACCAUAAGUAUAAUAUGCUUAGUCCCACCGGAACCAGCAGACCUUUUGAUAUUGGUGCAAAUGGUUAUGUAAGAAGUGAAGCAAUCGUUGCAAUUUAUAUCAGAAAGUCUAUAGACGCCAAAAGAAUCUACGCUACUGUAGUAGGCUCAUCUACUAACACUGAUGGAUUUAAAGUCGAAGGAGCAACAUAUCCUUCGCAAUCAAUACAAAGUCAAUUAAUUAGAGAGACUUAUGCGCGUGCUAAUUUGAAACCUUCCGAAGUUCACUAUGUCGAAGCUCAUGGAACAGGAACAGGCGUGGGCGACAAACAAGAGUUAAAUGCCAUUUCAGAUGUUUUUUGUAUUGAUCGUAAAGUUCCUCUGCUCGUCGGUUCGGUUAAAUCAAAUGUAGGUCACGCGGAACCAGUAUCGGGUUUGGUAUCAAUAGCCAAAGUGCUCUAUGCUUUGGAAACCGGAAUUAUUCCAGCUAACAUCAAUUUUGAAACGCUGAAUCACAAUAUUCCAAAACUUGUUAACGGUGAAUUGAAGGUUGUCGAUAAGCAAACUCCAUUGCCAGGUGAUAAGAUUUCUAUUAAUUCAUUUGGAGUCGGAGGAACAAAUGUCCAUGUUAUUUUAAAAGCUAAUAGUAAAAUAGCACAACCUAUAUCGCUGCCAAAACUUGAGAUUCCAAGGCUCGUAUUUUUGUCAGGAAGAACAAGAGAAUUGUUACAAGAUCAAUUUGAAAUUUUAGAAAAAUAUGCAGAUAAUGAUGAUCUUUUAACUUUGAUUGAUGAUAUAUAUAAAUCACCAAUACCUGGUUAUAAAUUUUCCGGUUAUUCUAUUCUUGGAGAAAAUCCUCGAAAUGUUGAAGUUGCUCAAGGUAAUGUAUCCGAAGAUAAAAGGCCAGUGUACUUUAUUUUUCCGGGUAUGGGAAGUCAAUCAUUAGAAUUGGUCAAAGAUUUAAUAAAAUUCAAAGCGUUUAAAACCACUGUUGACAAAGCGCAUAACAUACUAAUUCCUUAUGGCUACAGUGUUCAUGACUUAUUUUACAAAUCCAAUGAAAACACGUUUAAGAGUAUAUGCAAUGUAACAAUCACGAUUAUUAUUGUCCAGAUAGGUCUGGUCGAUAUUUUACUCUCACUAGGCAUUGAACCUGAUGGUAUUAUUGGUCAUUCUGUUGGAGAAAUCGCGUGUGCAUAUGUCGAUGGUUGUUUCACUUUGGAAGAAGCAUUGUUGACAAUGUACUGGAGGUCUAAAAUACUGACUCAGAUAGACGUGCCAGUUGGAGCUAUGGUGGCAGUAGGAUUAUCUUGGGAGGAAACUAAUAGAAGACUUCCCGAUGGUAUAAUAGCUGCUUGCCACAACAGUGCUGACAGUGUUACUAUUUCGGGACCUAAAGAUAUAACUUUGAAAUUCGCUGAAACCUUGAAGAAUGAAGGUAUAUUUGCUAAGCCUGUAGAUUCAAUGGGAUAUGCUUUCCAUUCACCAUACUUACAAAAACUUAUACCAGCAUUAAGACCAUACUAUGAAAAGGUUAUGAAGAAUCCUAAACAAAAAUCCAAUCGAUGGAAGAGUACAUCAUUACCAGAAGAUCAAUGGAACACACCUGAAGCCCAGUACCCAUCGGUGGACUAUCAUUUAAAUAAUAUAAGUUCACCAGUUUACUUCCAUACUGCAAUAAAGCAUAUACCGUCAAACGCUAUAGCAAUUGAAAUUGCACCACAUUGUUUGCUGCAAGCCGUUUUAAAAAGAUCUUUACCUCCUACAGUUACAAAUAUCGGUUUAACCAAAAAAACUGUUUCAAAUCAUACGAACUUCUUGUUAGAAGCUAUUGGAAAGAUGUAUAUCGCCGGAGCAAAGCCACAAAUACAGAAUAUAUACGGAAAAGUUGAAUAUCCAGUCAUUAGAGGGACACCAAUGAUAUCUCCAAUGUUAAAAUGGGAUCAUUCAACUAACUAUAUAGUACCAGAUUUCAUAGAAAAGAGUCAUGGAUCAAGUGAUAAUCAAAUUGAAGUUGAUAUAAAAACGGAUCAAGAUAAAUAUUUGGUAGGACAUACGAUCGAUGGACGUGUACUAUAUCCAGCUGCUGGAUAUAUAACAUUGGUUUGGAAAGCUUUUGCAAAACUUCAAGGAAAGUGGUUUGAAGAUGUACCGGUAACUUUUGAGAAUUUAAGAUUUCUUAGGCCUACUGUUCUUAAUACUGAGAGUACUGUUAAGUUCAAUAUAAACAUUCUUAACGGAUCAGGUGAAUUUGAGUUAUUGGAAGGAGGAUCAUUAACAGUAACCGGUAGUGUAAAACUACUGAAUGAAAAUAAUGCACAAAUUCAAAUUGAACACCCUUCAAUGGUUUCUGAAAAUAUGAUUCUGAAAUCUGAUGACUUUUACAAGGAAUUGAGGCUUCGUGGAUACCAAUAUAAAGAUGCUUUCUUAGGUUUUAUAGAAGCAAACAGCGAAGGUUCUAAAGGCAAAGUGGCUUGGACUGGUAACUGGGUGUCUUAUAUUGAUACCCUCUUACAAUUUGAACUUAUAUCUAUCAUAGCGAGAGAACUUCGUUUACCAACAUACAUUAAAGAAGUUAUUAUCGAUCCUGUGUAUCAUAAACAAGUUAUUGAUAAGUCAUCAAAUACAAAUGAAGUUGAAGUAAAUCAUUUUGAUAAUGAUAAAAUCACACAGUCUGGUGGAGUCACUAUUUCAAAUUUAAAAGUAUCGCCUGCACCAUUGAGAAAGAAUGCACAUUUACCAACUUUGGAACGUCAUUCGUUUAUACCGUAUACUUAUAAAUCUGAAGAAUUAUCUACUUAUGAAGUACUUUAUGGAUUGGUUGGUUUAUUCAUGGAAAAUGUAGGAAUACGAUAUAUAAAAGCAACAGAAAUUUAUAAAGAUAAUCUAUUAGCUCCAGAAAUCGUUCAAAUAAUUGAAGCAGAAGCCAACUUUUAUGUAGACUAUUCGGUUCUUUCAAAUGGGCCUGUUAAUGUCGAAUCGAGCAAAUUAACAGCAUUAGAUAUCGAAAUAGUGAAUUUCAAUAUUGAAAAUUCAUCAUUACCAGAAGGAUACCAUUUAGUAGUUGUGGAGAACACUCAAUUUGAAGUUUCUUUUUUGAGUAAAAUUGCAGCCGCUUUGGCUCCAAGAGGAUUUGUACUGUUAGUGGAAAAUACCUCUAUUGUACUGUCAGCAACAUUAAAAGAAUCAAAUCUCCAAAAAGUUGCCGUUAUUGAAAAUAAUAAUAAGAAUUAUUUUCUUCUAAAAAAAGUAUCACCUGAAUAUGAGUAUACAACUUUAAAAAUUGAAGACGAAGAUUUUUCAUGGAUAGAAACUUUGAAAAAAGAACUUAAGAACAGCAAAGAAAAUCCAAACAAAAAAGUUAUAGUAUAUAGUGAUAAAAAUGUUAAUGGUGUUUUGGGUCUGUCUAAAUGUUUAGUUGAAGAAUUUACCGGUGAAGAAAAUCCCAUUAGAUGCAUAUUGACUGACUCUGGUAAAAAAUACACUUUGAAAGAUUUCGCACCGCUAUUGGAAAUUGAUCUGUUCUUUAACGUGGAAAGAAACGGUGUGUGGGGAUCAUACCGACAUUUACCGAUCAAUGUGAAAACUGCUACAAAUGUUCAAACAAAAGAUGCAAAAGUAUCCGUACUGACAAAAGGUGAUCUGACAACACUUCAAUGGGUCCAAUCGUCGAAGUAUUCCAGUUGUAAUGAUAAUGAUUUAAUUAAAGUAUCUUACGUGGGUGUCAACAAUGUCGAUUUAGCUGCAGUUUCUUCAAUGAAAACUGAAUUUGGUGUGGAAUUUUCUGGUAUUAAAUCAGAUGGUCAAAGAGUAAUGGGACUAGUUAAAAGUGGAGCCUUAUCUUCAACUAUUGAUCAAAAUAAUGCUCUUUUAUGGAAAGUGCCCCAAAAUUGGACUCUGAAACAAGCCGCUACUGUACCUUAUUCAUUCUUUGUGGCUUCCUAUGCCCUAAUACACAAAGGAAAUUUAUCAGAAUCGAAAAAUGUUUUGGUGUUUGCUGGUGCCAACAGUGUCAACUAUGCAGCUAUUUCUAUUGCACUAUCCAUCAAGUGCAAGGUAUUUGUUGUAGCUGAAACGAACGAACAACUAGAAAAUAUUAAAAGAAAUUAUCCAGGAGUGAGUCCGGUUUCAACCACAAGGUUUGAUUCAAAAUUCGUUCAAAUGGUUUCAAAAUUAACUCAAAAUCAUGGAAUCGAUUUUGCUAUUUUAACAAAGAAUGUUUCUAAUCGUUUACCAGAAUUACUUGCAGACGAAGCGAAAAUUGUUCAAACUGAAAAUACAGACAUUUCAUUUUUAUCACGCUCAAACAAAGGAUUUGGAGUUAUAUCAGUUAAAUUUGAAGAUAUACCCAUUUUAAAUAAUGAAUUCGUCGACAGAAUUUAUUCCUUUAUAGAAUCAAAUGUGAAACUUAAUUUCAUAAAACCCUUAUCAUUUGUCGAAUUUUCGUAUUACGAAGUUGAGGCAGCAUUCAGAUUAUAUAAUAAUAAUAAAUCUGGAAAUAAGAUUGUUAUUGAAGUCGCAGAAAAUGCUUUAAAAACUAACUUUGAAGCUUACAGAAGGGUUUACUUUGACUCAAAUAAAAGUUACAUUUUUUCAGGUGGUCUUGGUGGAUUUGGAAUGGAGCUUACCGAGUGGGCAAUACAACGAGGAGCAAAGAAUAUUAUUCUAUGUUCUCGAAGUGGAAUUCAAACAGGAUAUCAAAAAUAUAGAGUCAAUAUUUGGAGAAACCAAAAUAUUAAUAUUGAAAUUAGUACAUAUGAUCUCACCACGUUGACAGGCGCUAAAGAUACUGUAAAAUUAGCGCUGAGUUUAGGACCAUUAGGUGGAAUUUUCAAUUUAGCCGGGGUUUUGAGGGAUGGAAUUUUUGAAAACCAAACCGUAGCUAACUUCCAAACAGUAUAUAACAGUAAAGUGUUAACUACUAAAUAUUUAGAUGAAGUAUCAAAAGAUGUAAGCAAGGAUUUAGAAUAUUUCGUUACUUUUUCAUCGAUUUCAUGUGGUCGAGGUAACAGAGGACAAACAAAUUAUGGUUAUGCAAAUUCUAUUAUGGAAAGAAUUUCAGAGCAAAGACAGAAAAAAGGCCUACCAGCUCAAUCGAUUCAAUGGGGAGGAAUUGGAGAUGUCGGAAUGGCAUAUAUAUUAACACGUGGAAAUGAAGAAAAAGAAAUCAAUGGUACAUUAGCACAAAAAAUAUCGUCUUGUUUAACUGUAUUAGAUACACUUUUAACUCAAAGUUCUGCCAUUGUUGCUUCACAUGUUAUACCAUCCAAGAGAAAACAAUCAAAUGACACAAAAUCCCAAUCACUUACUGAAACUGUUGCUGAAAUUAUGGGAAUUCAAGAUCCAUCUUCAGUUAAAGCUGCAUCUACAUUAGCAGAUUUAGGAAUGGACUCUUUGAUGGGAGUUGAUAUAAAACAAACCAUUGAACGUAAUUUAGGAUUGUCUUUAACCAAUACUCAAAUUCAACAGCUGAAAUUUAGUGAAUUGGACAAAGUGGGUGCUAAAUAAUAAACUUAAGUGAUAUUUUUAGAAUAUUAAAAAGAAUUGCAUUUUUAUUAAUUACAUGAAUAGUCUUAUUAGUAUUUAGGUAAAUAUUUAAUUAAAGUUUUUCAAAUUUAAAAAUAUGUCAACAGAAAAACGUUCGAUUCAAUACUAUAUUACUAUAUUUUAAUAUUAAUGUGUUAAAAAAAAAGACAUUAUUUGUGUUUGUGAAACUAUUCGUUUUUGUAAAAUGAUAUAUAAAAUUUAUUCAAAUUUAUAAUAAAUACAGAUACAAUUAAU